AGAGAAGUGAUUCUCGUGCAGAGGAUGCAGGCGUUCUUUUGCAAGUCCAGGAGGUUCUGUUAAGAGUGAGACAUCGAAUUGCCUGUUGCCAUCCAAUACCAGCUUGAACAACAAGGCCCAAAUUGGAAGCGUCAGCUUCGGUGCAGCUGAAAAGAAGUGGGGGUACUGAGCCAAUCACUGAUAGGGUGAUAAUCCUGCGCACUGCAGCUUGAGCCAUGCAAUGCUGGCCGUAGACAGGUAGCUGCAUGUAUGUAGGAGCUGAUUGACAGAAGCGCUUGAAUGAGUAGAAACCUCUCCUGCUCAGGAUUCUGAUGUUUCCCUCUGCAAAAGAUGCAGAGCCAAUCAAACGUAAUACUCCUGGGCCAGCAUUUCCACCGUUGUGCCUCUUCCUGGAAGCUGGAAAACACACAUAUUUCCAUCUGAACAACGUUCACCAGGCCGCUUCUUCUCUAUGGAACCCCUCCUGCAGAUUCCCUCCCUUCCCAUCCCCCUGCUAGUAGCCCUGCUAAUCACUCCCCUCUGCGCCCUGCUUCUGAAGAAUUGGCUCUCUCACACUUCCCCCCCCCGACCAGCCUCAGAGCAGCCCCCCAGAAAGCUGAAGUGGUACAGAAGCGGCCUGCCUAUUAUAGGGCCCGCAAUUGAGUUUCAAAAGGCCCCAAAUGUGCUGCUAUUGAAGGCACGGAGGGAGCUAGGCGACGUCUUUGGACUGAACCUGCUUGCAAAGCGGUUUGUCUUCGUGACUGGGCCAGAAGCGCAUAGGUGGUUUUUCAACGGCGACGACGGCACUUCGAGCUGCGAGCUCGCGUUUGAGAAGGCGGUCCAAGAGCUGACGAGCCACCUGUUUGGUAAUAUCAUGUUCGUCACCCCCGGUUGGCCGGAGCGGGCGCGCAAGGUCACUGUGACAGGUCUGGGUACGCUCCAAAGGUUAACCUACUACACUGGCAUUAUCCAAGACGAGGUCGACCGCUCUCUUGCCGCCUGGGCGCAACUAGGCGCGGUCGACCUGUUCCGCGAGUGCUCCCGGCUCGCCAUGACGCUCCAGAUCCGCUGCCUGCUGGGAGAUGACGUCAGCGAGGGCUUCCCCGAGCUGAAGGAUCUGUACUACGACUUUGAGCACUUGGCGGCGCUUCCCGAGGUUGCGCAAUUUGGAUGGUUCCCGAGCGCUACGGCUCGGCGGUUUGCCAGAAUAAGGAAGCGAAUGUUCGCGAUCCUGGAAACGGUCGUCAACGAGCGGUUCGACAGGCCGGACGAACACAAGGGCCGCCGGGACUACGCGCAGUUUGUCGUCGAAAACUGCCCCGACUACCGGCAGAUCGUGCCGGCGCACCUCCUGAGCCUCAUGUUCGCCGGGCAUGUCAACACGGCCGGAACAAUGGGCUGGAACAUCGCCCACAUCGCGUCCGACGAGGCCCUCCGACGCGCAGUCUGCGCGAAGGUGCGCUCCGAGGGGGAUCCCUUCGCGCGGGGCGCUGACGUCAGCAGCAUGACGUCGGCGGGCAUCGCGAUCGCCGCCAACCGGGCCGAGCUGCCGCUCGUGGACAAGUGCGGCCGCGAGACGAACCGGCUGUACGGCAUUCUGAUCCUCGUCCGAGCGGUGUUGAAAGACACAGCAUUCGAUGGCAUUGCUCUGCCGAAAGGCACCACCGUCGCUUUUAGCCCAUACGUCUGCCACCGGGACCCUUUGGUGUAUACCGACGUGAAUAAGUUCGAUCCUAAACGAUACUCAAAAGCCGGUUUAGAAGAGCUGAACACGAAUCGGCACUAUGUUCCGUUUGGGGCGGGCAGACAUGCUUGCCAAGGGCAGCGAUUCGUGACAAUCAUCUUACGGAUUAUAUGGACUACUCUGUUCCGGGACUUUGAACCACUUAUCGAGAACCUAGCAUUGCCCGAGCCGGAGUAUUACGGAGCGCUUGGGACGCCGCUCCCAAAGGCCCCUGUCAAGCUGCGGCUGCGUAAACGAACAGAGGAGUCGUCCUAGCAUAAAGACAAUCAUAGGGCUCCCUUCUAGUACUUCCCUAAUUGAACACGGCUGACAGCACCAGUCGAGGCCCAGAAUACCCGCAUACCAUAUAUACGCUAUUAGCAAGUUAUGACAUGGUUUGUCAAUCACCAGGGUUGAGAACCAAUAAGUACGAGAUUCGUCUGGAAUGCGUCACAUCCUUGGUAAGAAGUUGUCGCGCAUGCGGGCCCUGAUAAACAUGUCUUUUGUCGAUCGCGCCAGAAUCGUACGUCCGUACAUUUGGGGAGUCGAGUGAUAAGCGAUGGUAGAAA